AACAGCACAACGGGGAUCAAGAAGAUCCCGCCGUUUAUGAAGGAGCUGGAGGAGGCGUACAACAUAUGCCACAGCGGAGCGAACGUGAUCGAAAAGUGCUUCUUCGCCAAGGAGGUGAAGAGAAGUAUAAACAAGCGGGAAGUGCGUAUGUACCAGCUGUGCAUCAUCCACUACCAACGGAGCAAUAGGGAAAAGAUUUACAAAAUGGCAUGCACCCAAGAUGACCUAGACAUGAGCAAUAGCUUCUAUGAUGGGGAGUUAAAAAUGUACAUGUCGAAAGACGGCAGUGUAGGGUGCCUAUUUUGUAAUGAAGAAAAAAAAAGGAGAAUCGAUUUAUUUAAAAAUGAAACAAACAAUGGGAAAUUCUUCGUCACAUGUAUGAAUAACGUACCGAUAGGUACAGACACACAUAGACGCUUCUUCAUGCAUGAAUCCUUUUGUUCCUUUAAUGCCAGCAACACGCUCAUGAUUUACAGUGCCGAAAGUGAUGACAUGAAGUUGAAGAAGGAGAGUAGCUUUAUCCAAAAAAAAGAUGUAGAAAUAUUAAAAAAAAUUAAUAAUCAUAUUUAUACCGAAACGUUUGGAGAGCAGUUCGACUAUUCCUUCUUCAAUUUGUUUGUUUACAAUUUGAUGGACAAUACAGUCAAGUACAUAACUGUGAAGGAUGUGUCGGGGUGUUAUUAUAGUCCCCAAUUUAUUGAUGACACUUCUUUUGUGUGCCUUUCUUACCGGACCAUUCCGUACCGACUGGGGAUAUAUGCCUUUAAUGUGAGACCCAACGAUCUGUACCUGUGUACACUGAACGAUUCGGAUGUAGAGCCCUGUGACAGGAGGGAACGUGAUGGGAGAGAUGGAAAAAGAGGGGGAAUUCCCAAUGCAGGAGGAGGUAGCCAAGCGAGUGAACGUAACAGAAAGAAUCAUAUUCGUUGUGCUUAUGCCAAAUUGUCUGGAAAAAAUUUCAAACAUACAGCUGCGCCGCUGGUAAUUAGACACGACGAUUCCUGCGUGUUCGUGGCGUGCUUAGUCGUUUUUGCUAAGAAUGAGGAAUCGAAGCAGCACUUGAUGGAAUACAGCUUAGUGCUGAUAAAGUUGGUGAAGGAGGACGCCAAGACGCGGGCGAAGAGAAAUCGAGGAAGCGUACCACAGGAGGAGAAGCACGAAGUGCACAUGGAGGGUGGCUUCUACUCCAGUGGUGAGGGAAGUGAUGGGACGAAUGAAUACGAGCAAGCGGGCCAUUCUACAAGUGUAUCCACAACAAGGGGGGGAACGCCUACCCCUUCCGUGAGUGCUUCGAUUCCCCCCAGCCAAGAUGACAUAUGCAACUAUAAGAAGGCGGAAACUGAGGUGAUCAUUCGAGAGGGAAACUAUACUGGAUUUUUCCGAGGGUUAUACACCAACGAAAUAAAAGGGUGCUGCUACCCAUACCUAUUCCUAAACACAAUUUUUUAUUGUAGCAAGAUUGCCAUCGCUGUGCAUAUGUUCACCAAGAAAAUACAUCGAAUUUUAAUUCAUAACAUUUACAACCAGAAUGAUAUAAACACAAGUAUCGAAAUUAUGUGCAUAAAGGAGGAUAACCUAUUGGUGAGUAUCCGAAAUAUGCUUCUUAACGACGUACUGGUGUACUGCCUAUUCAACGAAUCGAACAUAAAUGGAGAUUACGUAUACCUAACGAAUGUACGGAGUUAUAACCUUGACUUUACAACAUACGAAAGUAUUAAGAAAAAACAAACGAGCAUAAUUUAUGCCAAUGUAAACGACCUAUCGGAGAAGCUCUUCAUGUUAUUGAGCCAAAUGGAAACAUCACUCUUUAAUGAGAAGCAUCCAUACAUCAGGAGAAAAAAUGCCACAUUUAACAUGCUAUACGAGAGUGAAUUAGAAUAUCAACAUGAUGUACAAAAGAGGGGCUUACAUCUACCAAACUUUAAUCUAUUCAAUGGAAAAAAUAAAAGGAACCUAAUUUUGUAUAUCCAUGGAGGACCUUACUGUACUUGUCUAAAUGAGUACAGAAACGUUUUCAUAUUUUUUGCCUCCUGUGGAUUUGAUGUGCUAUGUGUUAACUAUAUUGGCUCGCUAGGAUUUUCAGAAAAACCAAAAAUUUUAAAUGGGCAUGUAAAUUCUAUCGAAAUUAAGGAUAUCAUAGAUACGUUUAAAAAUUUUUACAAUUAUUUUGGAGACUAUGAGAAUGCCUACCUGUACGGUGCAUCUUACGGUGCCUUCGCCUCGUGUGCAAUUUUAACUAAGUGUAAUUUAUUUAAAAGCUGUUGUGUUAUCAACGGGAUAUACGAUUGGGUACUUUCCGCUCAUUCGAGUGAUGUUCCUGAUUAUUUCUUAAAUUUAUGUUUAAACAAGAGUGCAGAAUAUGAUUGCUUUUUUAGUAAGAAUGACUAUGGCAGUAUGUACGAGAUGUCUCCUGUGCACUGCGUACAGAAUAUUUGCGCUCCUAUUUUGAUUGUUGCCUCCAAGGACGACUUGCGUGUGUCUUACCAUAAUAGCCUCUGCUUGUACAGGCGCCUCCGCGCGCUUAAGAAGAAGUGCAAGCUUUUCCUCUUCGACGACUGCACGCACUCCGUGAAGAACAUGGCCUUCGAGGAGACCCUCCUCAUGAAUGUCGUCCUCUGGUUUUACGACUACGACAGUAGGAAGAAGCGAUAG